AUGACAUCUAUGGAGAACAGAUCUGCAGUGAAGGAGUUCAUCCUUAUGGGAAUAACAGAUGAUCCAGAGAUUCAGGUUCCUCUCUUUAUAAUGUUCACCUUCAUCUACCUCACCACCCUAGUAGGGAACUUAGGGAUAGUAGCACUGAUCUCCUGUGAUUCCCGCCUCCACACCCCAAUGUACUUUUUCCUCAGUAAUCUCUCUCUGGUGGAUUUUGGCUACUCCUCAGCUGUUACCCCCAAGGUGAUGGAUGGGCUCCUCUUAGGGGACAAGGUCAUCUCCUACAAUGGAUGUGCUGCACAGUUGUUCUUCUUUGGGGCCUUUGCUGUUAUUGAAAGUUUCCUCCUAGCCUCCAUGGCCUAUGAUCGCCAUGCAGCUGUGUGCAAGCCUCUACAUUAUACCACCAUUAUGACAACAACAGUAUGUGCAUUUCUGGUCAGUGGUGCUUACAUCUGUGGCAUUCUGACCUCCUCCAUAGUCAUAGGAAACAUUUUUAGCCUUUCCUUUUGUAAAUCCAACAUAGUCCAGCACUUUUUCUGUGAUAUUCCACCUCUUCUAGUUCUCUCUUGCUCUGAUAUUUACCUCACUGAGUUAAUAUUUUUUACCUUAGGGUUUUUCAAUGCACUUUGCCCAUUUCUUGUUAUCUUUACUUCUUACUUGUUAAUAUUCAUCACCAUCUUGAAGAUCCGUUCUGCUGAAGGCCGCCAGAAAGCCUUCUCCACUUGUGCUUCUCAUCUCACAGCAGUGUCCAUAUUUUAUGGGACAAUCAUCUUCAUGUACUUCCAACCCAGUUCAAGCCAUUCAAUGGACACAGACAAAAUGGUGUCAGUGUUCUACACCAUGGUCAUCCCCAUGUUGAAUCCUCUGGUCUAUAGUUUGAGGAACAAAGAGGUCAAGAAUGCUUUUAGGAAAGCUGUGAGGGGACAAUAA